AUGGCAACUGUUGCCCCACAACUCGUGCCCAGGGGCUAUGGGGGCAAUGACACGUACAUUUAUGAGUAUUCCAGAGGCUUAGGGGGUGUCCAAGUGCCUCGUGAUAUUCUAUUCAUUCGCAUCGUCUACUCCUCGGCAGCUAUUCUCGCCUUCAUCGUCUUCUCCGGUCGGAUCGCGCAACUUGUUCACGCCUAUCUGCGCCAAAUCUCAUCCUUUGCAUCGACGGGAUCACAGCAAGCCUUCUGGCGCGAGGAGACGUCAACUUUAUGGAACAACGUGAAGAAACACAUCCUUUAUGCCCCCAUCGGAAGAAAGAGACAUAACCGGGAGAUUCAGUUGUCACGAGCGAUCGGAGUGGGCACGUUGCCUUCUCGGUUCCAAUUUGUUCUGGUCACAUUAUACUUUGCCAGUCAAGUGGUCUACUGCUGCUACCUGGACUAUGCUGUCAACACGAAAGCUGCGCUGCUUGCGGAACUGCGUGGCCGCUCAGGGACGCUGGCCGUCUUGAAUAUGGUGCCCUUGUUUUUGCUUGCGGCUCGAAACAACCCUUUGAUCGCCAUUCUGCAUAUCAGUUUCGAUACCUACAACCUGCUUCACAGAUGGCUUGGUCGGAUUGUCAUGAUUGAGUCGAUUGUGCACACGGUCGCCUGGGCAAUUAACGCCGUCCACGAAAAGGAUAUGGAGGACAUGUUCUUCCGAUUGCGAAGCACCCCUUUCUUCACCUGGGGACUCGUGGCGACCGUGUCCAUGGUCUUUCUCUCCAUCCAAUCUCUCUCACCCAUCCGCCAUGCAUUUUACGAGACUUUCUUGCAUUUGCAUCAACUCGCGGCCCUGCUCGCCUUUCUGGGUGUCUGGUUCCACCUCCAGCUGGACAGCCUGCCCCAGCGCAGCUGGGGCACUGUGAUCGCGGUCAUUUGGCUUCUCGAGCGAAGUGUUCGUCUUGGACGCCUGGCCUAUCUCAACAUUUCCACCAAGCACGGAUCCACCCAGAUGACCGUCCAGGCCCUCCCAGGAGAAGCAUGCCGGGUCACCUUCCACUUGCCCAAAAAUGUCAAGAUCCACCCCGGCUGUCACGUCUUUGCGUACAUCCCGUGCGUCUCGUGGUGGAUGUCCCACCCAUUCUCCAUCGCUUGGGCAGAGGCCGUCAGUCCCACCCCCAAUUCUCCUCGCUACCACGAUGCGAAGUCCGUCAGCUCCACCCCAAGCACAUGCGACCUCGAGAAGCAGUCGGACGACCUGAAUCAGUACUUUGAGCCCAGUCAUCGCCCCACUGAAGUGUCCCUCAUCGUCGGGGCCCGCGAGGGCAUGACUCGACGAUUGUAUAAUCUGGCCCGCAGCAAACCCAAUGGAACCCUCCGGGCAUCGGGGUACAUCGAGGGGCCCUACGGCUCUCAUCCGGUCAACUUUUCCAGCUACGGAACAGCUGUGCUGUUCUCCGCCGGUGCAGGAAUUACCCACCACCUCCUCUUCACGCGGGACUUGAUCGAACGGGCCGCUACAUCCCGCGGUGCCACCCGUCGCGUGUAUCUCAUCUGGUCAGUGCGAUCGACCGAGCAUCUCAGCUGGAUUAGCAAGUGGAUGGAUCAGAUUCUCCGACUGCCGGGCCGUCGGGAAGUCUUGAUCGUCAAAGUGUUUGUGUCGAAACCAAAACGUGCAGCGGAUAUCGUCUCUCCAUCUGCUACGGUCCAGAUGCACUCGGGCCGGUGUCGACCGGAUGUGAUUCUUAACGAGCUGAUGCCCAAAAGUGUUGGAGCGACGAUUGUGUCUGUGUGUGGACCUGGUGCCUUUGCAGACGAGGUGCGAUCGGCUGCCCGGGCCAACAUUGGCAAGGGUGCUGUAGUGGACUUUGCUGAGGAAGCUUUCACCUGGUAG